AUGAAAGCAAUAUUGCAGAGGGUGCUCUCGGGCUCCGUAACGGUGGAAAAGGAGCUCGUGUCGUCCAUUGGCCGCGGCGUUCUCGUCUUUGCGGCCGUCGCACCAGGCGACACCGAGAAAGAAAUGGAGUCCAUGGCAAACAAGGUGCUACGCAUGAAGCUCUGGGACGACGAGGCGGGCGGCCGGUGGAAGAAGAAUGUGACGGAUAUUGGCGGCGAGGUGCUCUGUGUAUCGCAAUUCACACUGCUCGCCAAGACGACAAAGGGCACCAAACCAGACUUUCAUGGCGCCGCUAACCCGGAAGAGGCGCGGCGACUCUACCAGCUCUUUGUGCAAAAGGUACAAGCUGGCUACCAAGCAGACCGCGUCAAGGACGGCAGAUUCCAAGCCAUGAUGGAGGUUGCUCUGGUAAACGAUGGACCAGUUACCCUGGAACUCAACGUCGGCGGCAAAGUAGCACAAGAGAACGGUAAAAAGGAAUGA